UCGAAUUUCACCCCGCUGGCAUUGCAAACCUUGCUUUUCCCCUCACACUUUCGUUCUCACGAAUAUCCAAAGUUAAGAGCCCGACAAUUUGACGGGGGAAAGUUUUUCUUUGAAUCGAUUUCAUCCCCAGUCUUCAUCAAUAUGAGCUCCUCAAAAGCAAAAGACAAGGCAUCCUCUGCUGAUGUGAGCAAGAAGGGCAAGAAAGACAAGAAGGAGAAGAAAGCUUCCAAGACCGCCAAGGAGGUCACUGCUGCUUCCGAGCCCGCUGAAGUCAUUGCGGAGACCGAGUCGGCCUCCAAGAAGGAGAAGAAGUCCAGGAAAUCGAAAAAUGACAGCAGCAGACAGGAUGGGAAACGUAAGCGUGAGGAGGACAACGACGAUAUGGCAAAGAACAACGAUGAAAAGGCUGCUGGCGACGAGGUGAAGCCCUCCAAGAAACGCAAAUCGGAGGACAAGUCCAAGUCCAAUGACAAGGAUGAGAAGAAGAAGGAGGAGAAGAAGACGAAGGACAAGAAGGACAAGAAGCGGAAGCAUGGUGAUCACCAUAGCGACGAAGAGGAGGAACAGAAGGACGAGCCAGUUGUCAAGGUCGCCAAGAUUGUAACGGGGGAGGGGGCUGAGCCUAACAAGGCUGAGAAGGAAAAGAAAUCUAAGAAGGAUGCCAAGAAAUCCAAGGGCGAGAAGGAGAGCAGCGACAGCAGCGAGAAGAAGCACAAGGAGGAGAAGAAGGAGAAGAAAGAGAAAAAAGAUAAGAAGAGCAAGACUGAUAAGGAGGAGGAGGAGCCCGUUGUUGAGAAGGAAGAGAAGGCUGAGAGCAAGAAGGAGUCCAAGAAGUCAAAGAAGGAAAAGAAGGAAAAGAAAGAAAAGAAGGAGAGGAAGAAGGGAGACGAGACCAAGACUACAGAGGCCAAAGGAUCGACAGCUACUUUGGCCGCUACCACCACCACAAUCCCCAACCCCGCCGCAGUACUCGCAGCCAACUGGAACGUCAACGCGCUCGACGGUGGCGCAUCUCGCCAGUCCAAGAUGAUGAGGUUGCUCGGCGGCAAGAAGCUUGCUGCCGACGGUGCCGCCGCCGCUGCGGCAGCGAAGAAGACGUUCGAUGUCAAUCAAGUGUCUCAGGAGCUUGAGCAGCAGUUCAAGGCUGGCAUUCACCAGAAGUUCGAGACGGGUGGUCAGCGACGCGGCUUGGGUGCAUAAGGCGGGCAGUCGACGAUGAUGAUGCCCUGUUGGGGUGUGGGGGGAUGCUGUUCGCAGCAGCAGCUGCUGACAUUCGUGAGCAUAACUCGAAAAAACUAUAACAAUGAUGGAAGUAAUCACCACGGGACUCGCAAUCAAGACCGAUCCCUUUUGCAGUUGUUGUUGGUUUGCAACAAUGUUUGGCUUUGAAGAGUUCAAGCUAAUUGCUGCUAGCAGAAAAUGGGGGAAAGAAUGCCCUUUGUUCUGUUUCCAUGACCUCCAAAUCAGUUCCCUGGCUCCUUUUUCAUU